GGAGGAGGAGAAAUUUAUGAAAAUGAUGAGGACGACGAUGAGCAGGAAGGGUGAACGGAUUUUGUGAAGGCAAGGGCAGAUCGCAAGGCGCGCUGGACCGCUUCGCGCGCUUCUUCACGGAGCCUCUGCUGACCCGGGACUCGGGGAUGACUGCACCGACCGCGAGAUCAACGCGGUGGACUCGGAGUUCCAGGCUGGUCACACCAUGCCGUGGUGGCGCUACAUCGGCAUCAUGCACAUGAGCGCAAAUCCGGAGCACCCUUUCCACGUUGCCGUCGGUAACAACAAGGUGCUGCGGGACGAUCCCAAGGAGCGUGGCGUGGACUUGUACGAGGAUCCCCAAGCGGCGGGGCCGGCGCACUCCGCGAACGGCAUGACGGCGUGCGUCAUCGGCAAGGAAAGCCUGCCAGAGCUGGAGGCGAUGGUCCGUGACAAGUUCUCCGCCGUUGUGGACAAAGGCCUGUCGCUGCCCCUGGGGGACGCCGUGAGCGACAAGCCGCCCUUCUUGCCGCAGGACUGGAACAGGCUGCUGCUGCAGUGCCCGGUGAAGGACGGGACGUGAAGCAGCUGACGUUCGCGUGGGUCCUGCCGUACCAGGCCCCGGCGUGGCGGUCCAAGCCCACGGCGUACGUCUCCCACCUGCUGGGCCACGAGGGCAAGGGCUCGCUCACGGCCAUCCUGAAGGAC